UUACUCUCCAUCAUCAUAUAUACCAUCAAGACAAUCCAUUUUUUCUCCUCUCUCUCUCUCUCUCUCUCUCUCUCUCUCACACACACACACACACACACACAGAGUUUGGUUUUGAUUUGAGGGGUGUGUGGGCUGAGAAAAGAAUCUUUGUUGUUGAAGUAAGAAUAAUUAAUAAUGGGGAGGAAGUGCUCACAUUGUGGAACCAUAGGCCAUAACUCAAGGACCUGCACAUCUUUGAGAGGGGCUACUACUAGUUUCGUUGGACUUCGCCUCUUCGGCGUGCAAUUAGACAGUACUAAUUGUGUUAGCAUCAAGAAAAGCUUUAGCAUGGACUCCUUACCCUCAUCAUCAUCUUCCUCAUUCUCUUCAUCAAGACUAACCAUUGAUGAAAAUUCUGACCGAACCUCUUUUGGGUAUCUCUCAGAUGGUCUCUUAGCUCGAGCCCAAGAGAGGAAGAAAGGAGUGCCAUGGACAGAAGAGGAACACAGAAUAUUCCUUGUUGGACUUGAGAAGCUGGGAAAGGGUGACUGGAGGGGAAUCUCUAGAAACUUUGUGACUACAAGAACCCCAACACAAGUGGCAAGCCAUGCUCAAAAGUACUUUCUUCGAUUGGCAACUAUAGACAAGAAAAAGCGACGUUCAAGUCUCUUUGACUUGGUUGGUAGCAACAAAGCAGGUUCUAAUUCAGUUUCGGCUCAUCAAAAGGAUGAGUCUAAAUGUGAAGUUAAGAAUAAUGAUGCUGCCACUUUGUCUUUGCUAGGGCGUAUAACUUACUUUCAACAAGAAAACAAAUCAUCAGAGUAUAAGCAAGAAACAUUUGAUAAUUGCUCAUAUCAAAGUCAACCAGGUGAAGAGCAUCAAGUCGCAGUUCUUAAUCUGGAUCUCACUCUUGCAGCCCCCAAGGCAAAGACCCUGCAGGAACAAAAUAAGUCAUCUCCUUCUGCUCCAUUUCUGCUUGGGCCAAUUAGCGUGACUUAAACUGUGUCAAGUGUUAUAUAUAUUAAUUGUAUUAGGAAUGUACCCUUUUAUCUGUUGUCAAGUGUCAACUCGUGUAGAAGAUCUUCAGGUCAAAGAAACACAUUGUUCAUUGCAGUAAUAGUAGUGACUAGUCGUUAUUAAUUAUAUCCCUAAUCCAUGGAAUAAUCAGAUCCCUUCAAGAUAUAUAAUACACCAUCAUAUAUAUAUAAA